GUUACUGCCCUCAUCGAUUAUGGCUACCUCGACAUGCUGGUCGACUACGACCAGCUGGAUUCUUUCUGGGAGGAAUUCUUGAAGGAUUAUCCUUUGCAUCCUGUCGCUGUGGAGCGGGAGGUGGCCAACAUGCGCUUCUGGGUCACGGCUUCGCGAGGGGACUGGAAGUAUGUUGGCCAGGCCUUCAAUCUGACGAGGCACAUGGGCAAAGAAGAGGUUUGUUGGAAGUGCAUGGCUACAAAGGGUAACGUUGAAGGCGCUGACCUGGGUUUCUGCUACACCAACUUGCAGCCAAAUGCAAAAUGGAGGGCUUCCUACGGCUUCAGCGACCCCUACGAUGUGAGGCCUGAGUUCUUGGACCUGCCAGGAUUCCAAAUGGACAUGGUCUGGCCGGACAUUCUGCACAUGUUCCAUCUGGGAACUGGAAGAGAUCUGGUUGCAUCAGCAGUAAAGGUGCUGUUGCAUGCGGGUAUGUUCAAUGGCCGAACUGUGGCGCUUCGGCUGCGUGACGCUUCGCUCAGGUUGCUGGAGUUUUCGAAAGCUCAGGGCUACACUCUUAGCAUUAGAAGGCUGACGCGGCAAAACUUGGGUUUCGAGAGAAAAGGGUAUCCGGAAAUGAUGUGCAAAGGCUACGACACUUUCGUGAUUUUGAGAUGGUUGGUCUCAGAAGUAACACAACGUCCGCCUCGGAAUCGCGAGCUUCUUUGCACGUGCUUAUGGGCUGCAGACUCCUGUCUUAGUGUUGCGAGCGCAUCUGGAAGGUACAUGACUGAAGCUGAGUACGUGCACGUCAGUACCAUCGGGAGCCUUUUCAUGAAAUCCUAUCUGAAGCUGGCAAGUACAGCUUUGGAUGCAAGGAAAAAGGUUUGGAAGCUAAGGCCGAAAUUCCACAUGCUUUACCACUUGUUCUGCGAUGGUUGCGCGAGCCGUGCAAACUUUAACUACCAUGCUACCUGGAUGGACGAGGACUACAACAAGCACGUGGUCAGGAUCAAGAAGAGCACACACAAAAGAACAGCUACUGUGUCAACGCUGAAAAGAUGGAUCCUGGGCUUGCCGGGACAGUUGGAGACGGCAAAGCUUGUGCCAGUCCGCUGA